AUGUCACUUUCCAUGUCAUUUUCCACGUCAGCAUCCGCAUCCGCAUCCACGUCAGCAUCCACGUCAGCAGCCACGUCAGCAUCCACGGCAGCAUUUGCAGGAAAUUCGGGAGGGCCUGUUACACCAGCGAGGAUCGACCUAGCGGCUGCUCCCAGAGGCACGUUUGACCCUACUGAUGAGAAGCUUCGCGCUGCUGCCACCACCUUCGAACGCGCCCUCACUGCUUCCACUGUGGAGGAGGAGGAGGCACUAUGGACGGUGGUGAUUGAAUCGUGCGAGCGGGCAGGCAAUGCUGAAUGGGUGCCUGACAUUGCAUCAAGGGCGCUGGGCAACCGAGGCAAUGCGCGGUCCAGACAGGGCAGACUGGUGGAGGCUCUUGGGGACUACAACGCUGCCAUCGCCUACGCUCCCUAUGCAGUCGACCCGGUUCUCAACCGAGGCGUGGCCCUGGAGUCGCUGGGACGCUUCCAGGAAGCUGCGGCGGACUACUCUGCAGUGCUGGCAGUGGCGCCCAACGACCCUGCAGCGUGGAACAACCUCGGGAAUGCACAGGUGGGCGAUGAUGGUGUAUGGUGGGGGUGCUGCUGUGGUGUGGUGGGCACGGUGGGUGGGGAGGAAUGCGCGGGUGAGCUGGUCAUGUAUGGUGGAGGACUGGCAGUGGCGCCAAACGACCCUGCAGCGUGGAACAACCUCGGCAAUUCACAGUUCCUUUCCACCUCCUUCACCCCCCCCGUUUCCUCCACAUGCUGCUGCCAAGCAGGCGGGUGUGGCGCGUGGGGGGAUGCAGUGGAGAGCUACAGGCGGGCAAGCAUGCUGGCCCCGGCCUUCUCCUUUGCUGCUGCCAACUAUGCUCUCGUGAGUCUGGACUCGAGCUAUUGUGUUCACUCCUCGACCCCGCUCACCUCCAACCCCUCACCCACCAACCUCCACCACUUGCCCCUGCCCCCUCGCCCCUGCCCCCUCGCCCCUGCCUCCUCGCCCCUGCCCCCUCGCCCCUGCCCCCUCGCCCCUGCCCCCUCUGCCCUGCCCCCUCGCCCCUGCCCCCUCUGCCCUGCCCCCUCGCCCCUGCCCCCUCUGCCCUGCCCCCUCGCCCCUGCCCCCUCGCCCCUGCCCCCUCGCCCCUGCCCCCUCGCCCCUGCCCCCUCGCCCCUGCCCCCUCGCCCCUGCCCCCUCUGCCCUGCCCCCUCGCCCCUGCCCCCUCUGCCCUGCCCCCUCGCCCCUGCCCCCUCGCCCCUGCCCCCUCUGCCCUGCCCCCUCGCCCCUGCCCCCUCGCCCCUGCCCCCUCUGCCCUGCCCCCUCGCCCCUGCCCCCUCUGCCCUGCCCCCUCGCCCCUGCCCCCUCUGCCCUGCCCCCUCGCCCCUGCCCCCUCUGCCCUGCCCCCUCGCCCCUGCCCCCUCUGCCCUGCCCCCUCGCCCCUGCCCCCUCUGCCCUGCCCCCUCGCCCCUGCCCCCUCUGCCCUGCCCCCUCGCCCCUGCCCCCUCGCCCCUGCCCCUCGCCCCUGCCCCCUCGCCCCUGCCCCCUCGCCCCUGCCCCCUCGCCCCUGCCCCCUCGCCCCUGCCCCCUCGCCCCUGCCCCCUCGCCCCUGCCCCCUCGCCCCUGCCCCCUCUGCCCUGCCCCCUCGCCCCUGCCCCCUCUGCCCUGCCCCCUCGCCCCUGCCCCCUCGCCCCUGCCCCCUCGCCCCUGCCCCCUCGCCCCUGCCCCCUCGCCCCUGCCCCCUCGCCCCUGCCCCCUCGCCCCUGCCCCCUCGCCCCUGCCCCCUCGCCCCUGCCUCCUCGUCAGGCACUGUACGAGGUGGGAAACGACAACGCUGCCAUCAAGCAGAUGAGGAACCUUCUCCGAAAGUACCCUGAGUUCCCAGACAUGCGAGCAGCACUAGCAGUGGCACUCUAUGCAGCGGGACUGCGAGCCGAAGCUGAGAACGCCUGGAGCAGAGUGGACGUGAGCUCUCUUCGUUUCUCUUCUCUACUCUCCCUCCGCCCUUCCUCCCGUCCUCUCCCUCUCUCCCCUGUUUUUGCUCCCCUUAUGACGGGCGCUAUCGCGAUCGUGAGUGGUUCGCGUCGCCACGCUAUCUCUCCCCUCCCCUCCCAUCGCCCUUCCUCUCCCGUCGCCUUUCCUCUCCCGAUGCCCUUCCUCCGUCGCUUUCCUCUCCCUUCGCCUUUCCUCUCCCGUUGCCCUUCCUCUCCCGUCGCUUUCCUCUCCUGCUGCCCUUCCUUCUCUCCCGCCGCCCUUCCUUCUCUCCCGUUGCCCUUCCUCUCCCGUCGCUUUCCUCUCCCGCCGCCCUUCUUUCUCUCCCGCCGCCCUUCCUUCUCUCCCGUCGCCCUUCGCUCCCGUCGCCUUUCUCUCCCGUUGCCCUUCCUACUCUCCCGUCGCCCUUCCUACUCUUCCGUCGCCCUUCCUACUCUCCCGUCGCCUUCCUCUCCCGUCGCCCUUCCUACUCUCCCGUCGCCCUUCCUCUCUCCUGUCGCCUAUUCUCUCUCCCGCCGCCCUUCCUUCUUCCCGUCGCCCUUCCUCUCUCCCGUCGCCCUUUCUUUCUCCCGUCUCCUAUCCUCUCUCCCGUCACCCGUCUUCUCUCCCGUCGCCCCUCCCCUCCCGUCUUCCUCUCUUCCGUCGCCCUUCAUCUCUCCCGCCCCAUCACCCACCUCGGCGUCUUCGCGCUCGCCCCGAAAUGCCUGCCCGUCGCCCCGUCGCCCCGUGAUCGUCGGCCCCUCUCGCUUUUCCCUCGCAGCGUUACUCUCCCCGUCACAUAUGCCCUCGCUUUUUUCGUCGCUCCUCGCGGCACCCUCAUCGCCGCCUUCCCAUCACCCUCGUUGCCCUCACUCUCCCCCCAUCACCCUUUCUCUCUCCCCUCACAUCACCCUCCUUGUCGCCGUCGCCCUCGCCUCAAAUCGCCCUUCCUCUCUCCCUUCGCAUCACCCACGUCGUAGCCCUGUCGCCCCCCAAAUCGUCCCGUCUCCCUUUCGUUCUCCCUCUCGUUCUUCCCGUCGCCCUAGAUGCAGCCGUCGCAAUUUCCUCUCCCACCCACCAUCACCCACCCCAUCGCCUUCCCGCUCGCCACAAAACGCCAUCCCGUCGUUCCUCCUCUCUACCCUCCCAUCCCGUCUUUCUUCCUCUCUCCCCUCCCAUCCCGUUGUUCCUCCUCUCUUCCUUCCUAUCCCGUCGUUCUUCCUGUCUCCCCUCCCAUCCCGUCGUUCCCCCUCUCUCCCCUUCUCUCCCGUCGGCCCCCUUGUCCCCAUUCCCCGUUUCACAGCCACUCACAUCAUCAACAACAGCGCCCACACCACCAACCAACCCAUGCUUCUUCACCUCUCCCACAAUCUCUUUCACCUCCCCAAUUUUCCCAUGCUUCUCUCCUCCACCACUCCCCUCACCUUGCUGACCCUGGUAAAGUCUCUUCGCAUCACCAUGCUUCCCACCACUCAUCCUCUCCUCUGA